CACACACACACACACACACACACACACGUACGUACACAGGUGAGGUGCCUGGGCCUCACAAACACUUUGACCACAAUUUGGUCAAACCUCAAUUUGCAUCCAGAGAAGCCACUUCCAUCAUGGCUGACUAACCUAAACCCACAUCCUGAGGCUCAUUCCUUCUCUCAACUCCUUCCCAAUCUCUCCUUCCAUUGUCUCUCUCUACACACACACACACACACACACACACACACACCUGACCAGACCCCUUCCUCACCCCACCUGUGCUGUGAUUGGCUGGCUGCAGCUGUCAGUCAGCAGAGGUGAGCCUGGCUUUGGUUUGGGGUUGUGGGAAGGUUGGCUUCAGGUUCAGAGGUUGGCUUCAGUGUGAGUGUUGGUUUUAGGUUUUAGGUUUUAGGUUUUGGGGUUUAGUCGGGUUUCGACCUCUCUGACCACCAACAACUCAUCUCAACAUCAACACACAACGCAGGGUGAGUACCCCCAAAACAAACACACACACACACACACACACACACACACACACACACAUACCAAUGACAGGCCACAACAUGCACGUGUGUGGUUUCUUUUGAAAAGGUUGAAUUUCAUAAAGAAUAUCUGCAAACUAAAUAUUUAUGUUUGAGUUAAAUAUGUAGGAAUAUAAAGUUAAAGCUGCACACUCAUCACGCAGAUGCAUUGAUUUAAACACUUAUAAAAGUAAGAAGUUAUACCACCAUCUUUUAUCUUCUUUAUUAUCAGUUUAUUUACAGUUUCACAAUCUCUCAGCAGAAUUUUAAUUUAACAUUUUCAAAUUACCUUUCUUUGGAUUUCAGGAUAUAAAUUCAAUUAAAAAAAUAAAUAAAUAAACUUAUUAAACUUUUUUGAUCUUUCAUCUUCUGCAAAAUCUGUUAUUAAUUAAAAAGUGUCCAUUAACUUCAAACAGACUUCAUGUUAAAUCAUCUUUAUUGUCCAUUGACCCGCUGCUGCUGAAAAUAUUAAUGAAGAUUUAUUUGCAAAGCUGCUCUGAAAGUCCAGAGCUGAUAAAAUACAUGUGGAAUGAUUAGUGAUGAUGUCAUUGUAAUAUGUAUUUAACAAACUUGUGAACUAAUUCUAUAUCACUGAGCAUAACAACGUUUUUCCUUUUAUUAUAUGUUUGUAACAUCAUUUGUAGGGUUGAUGAGAGUUUUUAUAAUAUUUGUGUUUCCCAAAUUUCCUUGAGGCUGUUUGUUUUUAUUUUUUUGCAUCUUGAGUCAAAAAAGUUCUUAGUGUGAUUUUUGUGUCUCUGUCAUUUGUUAAAUUAAACAGGUUGCCAUGGCGUCCAAUAGUCUGUUCAGCAGCAGCAGCCCGAUGCUGUACUGGGAUCCUGUGGUGAAGUGUCGGCCGCCACCAUCGCCCACCAACCGCCAACUGGACGACCAGGGGAUGAGGUCGCUCCACCACCGCAGCACAGCACCACCCAGAGGCCUGAUGCAGACCGACAGUCCGAACUUCCUCUGCAGCAGCAUGCCGCAACACUGGAGGUGUAACAAGACCCUUCCUAGAGCCUUCACUGUGGUUUCCCUGGGCAACGACGUGCCAGAUGGCGUGGUUGUCACGGUGAUGGCCGGCAACGACAACAACAGCAGCGCCGAGCUACGCAACGCCACAGCGACCAUGAAGCAAGGAUACGCCCACUUUAAUGACCUACGCUUCAUAGGACGCAGUGGGAGAGGUAAGAGCUUCACCCUUACAAUCAACGUGCUGACUUCGCCACCUCAGAUCGCCACACUACACGGCGCCAUCAAGGUUACGGUGGACGGGCCGCGGCUGCCGAGACGACAGAGGCAGAAGGAGGUGAAGACAGGAGUUUUCAGGCCAUCCUGCAGUAGCACAGCAUUAUCAGAUUGUAGAUCCUUUUCCUCCUCCCUCUGGACCAAUGAGCCAUCCUUCCUGGGUCAGGUAACCUCUCUGACUUCUCCUUUCACUCCAAGUCCCAGAAUGCACCACGUUCCUGCCCUCUCCUACUCCACCCAGCCUUCGCCAUACACCUCCUACUUGUCUGCUCCUCCUCCUCCUCCUCCUCCCCCUCCGCUCAGCCACAGUGGUGCGUUCCAGCCAAGCAGCUUCUACUACGGACCGAACCAAUCGCUGCAAACCGUGGGGGAGGACCGCAACGUUGUCACAGCACUUACCAAUUAUAUUGAAGGGGCGUGUUUCUCUAUCAGGGGGGAGGAGCCUGUCUGGAGGCCAUAUUGA